UGCGCUGAAGAGGAGUGAGAGAGAAAGAGGCACAGCGCUGAAGAGGGGGAGAGCUGAAGCGGAUUCACUUCAAAUCUGGAGGAUUUCUAGAGUCUCCUCCAGCCAGGAAGUGAGAGUGCAGGCUUUAAUUCAGGAAAUCACUCAGACAGACACGUCGCGGCUCUGUGGAUGGACGAUUGGUGCUGCUGCUGCAGGAUGAGGGCUCUUUGUUUGAACUUUGCCAUCACCUGUCUGUGGCUCCUUCCCUGCGCGGUACAGGAGUCAUCUGGUCCUCUAAGCCUAAAGAGCAAACAAUGGAGGGCCGCUGGUGCAGGAGAAGAACCCGAGGGAGCAGCACUGAAGGUUAAACAUAUAUCCAAAGACUUACAAAUCAUCUCCACCAAACACAAAACCCAAACAUACGGCGCGCUGAGCCCCUACGGCUGGCCGCAGAACUUUUCACAAGCUCCAGACCAGUAUCUGUACGGCGCUCCUCCCAAAUCCAAGCCUCCUGCCAAAACCUCCACAAAGGCCAAGAAGAUCCUGGGCUGGGGGGAUUUCUACUUCAACGUGAAAACCGUGAAGUUCAGCCUCCUGGUGACUGGAAAAAUUGUGGACCACAUCAAUGGAACGUUCAGCGUCUACUUCCGGCACAACUCUUCCCGUCUGGGGAACAUAUCCGUCAGCAUCGUCCCGCCAUCCAAAGCGGUGGGCUGGGAGGUUCUCGAUGGCGCGGUCGACAGCAGCCCCAAUAAAAACUCUGUCCUGUUCCCAGAUCUGAUCCCCCCGUCGUCCACCAGCUCCGCUCCUACUGAGCAUCAGAAAUAUCAGCGGGACAUGAUGAUGGUGACUGAGCUCAACUGCCGCAUCGAGUACCAGCGAACCAACCGGUCCAAGAAGACCAAGCCGUGCAUGUACGAUCCGGGGCAGACAUGCUACUCGGAAAACACACAGUCCCAGGCAGCAUGGAUCUGCGCCAAACCCUUCAAGGUCAUAUGCAUCUUCAUCGCCUUCACUGGCACGGACUACAGGCUGGUGCAGAAGGUCUGUCCGGAUCACAACUUUCAGGCAGAGCAGAACCAGCAGCACCUCGGAUGAGCAGAGACUCCGCAGCUGGAACAUUUACUGUUUAUA